UAUGUAAAUCAAUUAAGUCGACCGCUUGGAAUCGACGCAACUCAAAUCCUUGCAAUGUCUGUGUGUAUUUGAAGUUCCCCAUCGAUUAAUAGGCAAUAACCUAAUCUGCGUCUUCGUUGCGGACCUGCGGUUCCCAGGGAUACUCGACGUCACUGGUACUGUUUCCUUUCCCCUCUAUCACGAAUCCCACUGAUGCUCGUCGUUUCAUAUCUUCGCCGAUCGGGGUCAAAGGUUGAGGCAAGUGGAGCUUGGCAUAUCACCCAGGAUCCAUGGAUGAUUCAGAGCUGGAAGCUAUAAGACAAAGAAGAAUGCAAGAGUUGAUGGCCCAACAUGGCAUGACUAAUCAGCAAAAUUCAGGCUCGCAGAAAGCACAAGAAGAUGCAAAAAUGGAAGCGGAAGAACGGAGACAGCUGAUGCUAAGUCAGAUUUUAUCUGCUCAAGCGAGAGAGAGACUUGCUCGGAUCGCUUUGGUGAAAGCUGAUAAAGCAAAAGGAGUAGAAGAUGUUGUCCUUAGGGCUGCUCAAAUGGGGCAGAUAACUGAAAAGGUAUCUGAAGAGAAGCUUAUAUCACUCCUCAAGCAGAUCAAUGACCAAACUAGCAAACCGACCAAAGUCACAAUUCAAAGACGUCGAAAUGUUCUUGAGGAUGAUGACUAGGAAGCCAUGGUUUAAGAUCUUGAUGUGUGAUUAUCAGGAUAGUGGUUCCUGCGUGUACUGUUUCUUCAACUUUGGCACUAUUGUUGGUCUAUGUGGCAUUACUUGCUUUUGUAAGUACAGAAUGCUGGAUUAAACUUUGUUGUGGUUUUGGGAUUGAACUUUAGUGUGGGAGUUUUCUUAUUAAACUAUUAUCAUUAGUGACGAGCUAUGACUAUCUAAAA